AUGUACUAUAACAGCGUUGCAGUGCCGCUGAUUGUCGUCGCGUACUUGGUAGCCUCGUCACUUGCUAUGACUGCAGCUAUGAAAACGCGUCGCACCGAGUCUGACCUUACCUUCGCCGAGUCGGUCUACGCAAGAUUGUCCGGUGCAUGUCGAGCAUACAUGGAUUUAAAAUAUAAAGCAAUGAACGGCCAAAGUGACCUAAUAAAGACGAUAAAGAUUAUACAAUUAGAUGAAAAUAUCAUGAGAUCUUUUCCGAUAAAUGAGGCAUUUGUAAGUUUAACUAAACCUGAGAUUUUCGAUAUCACGAAGCAAACAAAAGUUGUUAUUCAUGGAUAUAAGGAUAAUUCACAAUCAGCGGUACCUUUGCAGCUGGCGCGUGCGUACAACGAUAAAAAAAUGUUUAACGUGUUUUUAGUUGAUGCUGAAGAAAUGAAUAAAGAAGGAUAUAUUUUAUCGGCACACAAUGCGCGUCUCAUAGGCAAGAGGCUCGCAAAUCUUUUAGCGAACCUUGAGAAUUUUGGGGCUAAUGCUGAAGAUUUUCAUCUGCUUGGAAUAAGUCUUGGAGCACAUAUCGCAGGUUGGACUGGUAAAUACUUUAAACAGUAUAAAAACCACAGCUUGGGACGGAUAACAGGCCUCGAUCCCGCGGGCCCAUGUUUUUCAUAUACUUACAGCAGUCAGAGAUUAGACAAAACAGAUGCUGCAUACGUAGAUGUAAUCCAUUCCAACCGGUUGGUUCAAGGGGUCAUUGAACCUUUAGGCCAUGCAGACUUUUACAUUAACGGUGGAGGACCUAAUCAACCGGGUUGCAUUAUGCCUUCCUGCAGCCAUCUUCGAGCGGCCCAAGUGUACACAGAAAGUAUUAGAACACCAAAAUCUUUUAUGGCUAUUCGCUGUCAAAGUUGGAAACAUUUUGAAACUAAUUCUUGUGAAAAGGAUAAGUACGCCGUUCUCGGAUAUGGCUCAUCGACAGCAACCCGUGGACUUUAUUAUUUGCGGACAACAGCAAACAGUCCAUUCGGGCUUGGUUUGGAGGGAGCUAAAGUUAAAUCUGUAAAAGACACUUGGUUAAAAAUGAUUACACUACCUGAGCUAUGA